UCAGCCUACAAACUGAUUAUUAGUAUUUUUUAAUGCCGAACCUUCACUAGUACAGAUUCAUUUACUCUACAAACUCCAUUCUAUUAGUCUACAAAGUCCGUGUAGGCUUUUAGUCUAAAAAUUCAAAGUGUCACCAUUGUCUGCGCAUCAUGAAACGAACGAUCACGAAAGUAAUCCUAUUACUGUACUGCUUGGCAAUGGCUUUUAUUUUGUGGAACGAGCUGGAUGAUCAUCCUGCAAAAGUAGCUUUAAAGUACUUGAGGACAAACGAGAAAACGAAAUUGAAAGAUCAAAAACAAGAACCAGUUAUUCUCCUGUACACAGAUUUCUUCACGGGACCUUGGUAUUUGCGAUGGGAUAAACACUACCCCUGCAGAUUUAAUUGUAAAUUUACUUAUAAUAAGAGUGUUCUCGACACAGCCAAUGCAGUUGGUUUCCACGAUGCAGACUUGCCGUUAGUUUUACCCAAACGAACAAAAUCAGAUCAAAUAUGGUUUUACUUCAACUUGGAAAGUCCCGUGAAUUCUAAAACGGGAGAUUACAGAAAUAUUUUCAAUUGGACGAUGAGUUAUAGGACAGACUCCGAUGUGUUUACACCGUACGGGAUCCAUGAACCUUUAUCUUGUAGCGAAGCCUUGGCAUUUAAAAAUGAAGCAAAACAUCGAAACUUCGCAGCGAAAAGAACAAAGAUGAUAGCGUGGAUCAGCAGUAAUUGUGACGAUUCUAUCGGACGCUAUGACUAUGUUCAAAAAUUAACCCGUUAUGUAAAUGUUGAUAUAUAUGGCCAAUGUGGGAACUUAAGCUGUAAGCGGGGAUCAAAUUCUCGAUUAUCAAACGAUUGCAAGAAAAAGAUUUCGAAGUACAAAUUUUACCUCGCGUUUGAAAACAGUUUGUGCCAAGACUACAUUUCAGAAAAGUAUUGGGAAAACGCCCUGGAAAAUGAACUGAUCCCCGUAGUAAUGGGAGGUGCUGACUACGAUAGUAUAGCAAUACCUGAUUCUUUUAUCAAUGUCGAAGAUUUUGAGACAGUAAAAAAUUUGGCGGAUUAUCUUAAGUAUUUGGAUCAAAACGAUACGGCUUAUAACGAGUACUUUCAGUGGAAGAAUAUGUUCAAAUUGAGUACUCCGUACACAUACGGUUGCGCGUUGUGCACGGCUCUGAACAGCCGCAAAGCAAAACAACCUAAAGUUUAUUCAAGUUUACUCGAUUUUUGGAAAGUAAACAAAUGUAGAAAAAAUAUCAAAAUGAAAUGAGAAAAUCGAUAUUGAAAUGACAGUAGUGAAUGUUGGUAAAAUGAACGCAGAUUUAUAAGGUAUGAUCUUUCCCCAGAACUGUCGAACAUAGUGCUGAUGACACAAAUAGACCCCCUGCAGCCGGUCGGAAUCAAUCUCAAUUUGGAGGACAUGACAAUAGGUUUCCAAUUCUCAUGAGAUUGAAAUAAUAAUAAUAUCUAUUUACUCCUAUAGCGCUAAUUCCAAACAAAAUGCCCAAAAGCACUUUACAAGUACAAAAAAAUUGCCUUGCGAAAUAUAUGAGGCAUUACCAAGAUUAUCCUGAACGACUUGCUUACGACACUUCAAGUGAUAGACCAGUUUCGAAUUCCAAAUUACCGCUGUGUUCCUU